AGCUUCGGCGCCCGGGCCUGGGCGUCGCCAUGACCAGCGAGCUGGACAUCUUCGUAGGGAACACGACCCUCAUCGACGAGGAUGUGUAUCGCCUCUGGCUAGAUGGCUACUCGGUGAGCGACGCGGUGGCCUUGCGGGUGCGCUCGGGCAUCCUGGAGCAGACCGGCGCCACAGCAGCCGUGCUGCAGAGCGACACCAUGGACCACUACCGCACCUUCCACAUGCUGGAGCGCCUGCUGCACGCGCCGCCCAAGCUGCUGCACCAGCUCAUCUACCAGAUCCCGCCCUCCCGGCAGGCGCUGCUCAUCGAGAGGUACUACACCUUCGACGAGGCCUUUGUUCGAGAAGUACUGGGCAAAAAGCUGUCCAAGGGCACCAAGAAAGACCUGGACGACAUCAGCACCAAGACAGGCAUCACUCUCAAGAGCUGCCGAAGACAGUUCGACAACUUUAAGCGAGUCUUCAAAGUGGUGGAGGAAAUGCGGGGCUCCCUGGUGGAUAAUAUUCAGCAGCACUUCCUUCUCUCCGACCGGCUGGCCAGGGACUAUGCGGCCAUCGUCUUCUUUGCCAACAACCGCUUUGAGACGGGGAAAAAGAAACUGCAGUAUCUGAGCUUUGGCGACUUUGCCUUCUGUGCUGAGCUCAUGAUCCAGCACUGGACCCUCGGCGCUGUCGACUCCCAGGUGGAUGACAUGGACGUGGACUUGGACAAGGAGUUUCUCCAGGACUUGAAGGAGCUCAAGGUGCUAGUGGCGGACAAGGACCUGCUGGACCUGCACAAGAGCCUGGUGUGUACUGCCCUCCGGGGAAAGCUUGGUGUCUUCUCUGAAAUGGAAGCCAACUUCAAGAACCUGUCCCGAGGGCUAGUGAACGUGGCCGCCAAGCUGACCCACAAUAAGGAUGUCCGAGACCUGUUUGUGGACCUGGUGGAGAAGUUUGUGGAACCCUGCCGCUCCGACCACUGGCCGCUGGGUGACGUGCGGCUCUUCCUGAAUCAGUAUUCGGCAUCCGUCCACUCCCUGGACGGCUUCCGGUUCCAGGCCCUGUGGGACCGUUACAUGGGCACCCUCAGGGGCUGCCUCCUGCGACUGUACCAUGAAUGAGGACCCUGUACCCUCCACCGCCUGCCACCCUUGACAAUAAAGCUGCCAAGAGUUUGGA